AGUAUUGAAAUGGCGAGUGGAUAUAGAUUUGAACAAAAAUACAAUCUCUCUUUUAGAUGAAAAGGUGGAGGGGAGAGAGAGUGAGAGAGCAUGACCCACAAAGGAGGCCCAGUGCUUUGGACAAUUGCAAUCUAUGAUUUGCACACCACCUGUUUGACAAAAAUGGCCAAAGAAGUUCACCAGCAGCAACAUUUCUCACCGGGAUUUUUCAAGAUGUUCCAAGUGAUAUAACAAUUGAAGUUAGUGGAGCUAUGUUUGCAUUACACAAGUUUCCUCUUGUAUCCCGAAGUGGGCGGAUUCGAAAGCUGGUUGCAGAACAUCGGGAUUCUGACAUUUCAAAGGUCGAGCUUCUUAAUCUACCAGGAGGAGCGGAGGCAUUUGAGUUGGCUGCUAAAUUUUGUUAUGGUGUCAACUUUGAAAUCACAUCUGCAAAUGUAGCACAGCUGUGUUGUGUCUCUGAUUACCUUGAAAUGACUGAAGACUUCUCAAAAGAUAAUCUUGGAUCCCGUGCUGAAGAAUAUCUUGAGAGUAUUGUGUGCAAGAGCCUUGAAAUGUGUGUUGAAGUCUUGCAACAAUGCGAGAACCUACUCCCUCUUGCUGAUGAAUUAAAAAUUGUUAGCCGUUGUAUAGAUGCAAUAGCCUCAAAGACUUGUGCCGAGCAAAUAGCCUUAAGCUUCUCACGCUUAGAGUACAGCAGCUCUGGUAGGCUUCACAUGAAUAAGCAAGCCAAAUGUGAGGGAGACUGGUGGAUAGAAGAUCUAUCUGUUCUUCGAAUAGACUUGUAUCAAAGAGUCAUGGUGGCCAUGAAGUUUCGUGGGGUCCGACCUGAGAGUAUUGGUGCAUCCCUUGUAAAUUAUGCCCAGAAGGAGUUGACAAAGAAAUCCUGCUUAUGGAAUUCAUCUAGCCAGACAAAGGUUGAUUUGGCUUCAGGCUCAAGUGGGCAUGAACAACUUGUGGUCGAGACAAUAGUUAGCCUUUUGCCUCUUGAGAAACUUGCUGUUCCCAUAAGUUUCCUUUUUGGACUUUUGCGCAGUGCGGUGAUGCUUGAUUGCGCAGUUUCUUCCAGGCUUGAUUUAGAGAGGAGGAUUGGGUCCCAGUUGGAUAUUGCAACUCUUGAUGAUCUUUUGAUUCCAUCCUUCCGGCAUGCAGGUGAGAUUGAUACCUUAUUCGAUGUUGAUACAGUUCAUAGGAUCUUGGUCAAUUUCACACAGCAAGAUGAUAGUGAAGAUGAGAUGGACGAUGCCUCUGUAUUUGAACCUGAUAGUCCUCACUCACCAUGUCAGACUGCAUUGUUUAGGGUAGCAAAGUUAGUGGACAACUAUCUUGCCGAAAUCGCUCCUGAUGCCAACCUCAAGCUUAAUAAGUUCUUGGUCAUCGCGGAAACUUUACCAGAACAUGCACGCACUAUUCAUGAUGGAUUAUAUCGGGCAAUUGAUAUUUACCUGAAAGCUCACCAGUGUUUGUCAGAUACAGACAGGAAGAAGCUUUGCAAACUGAUAGAUUUCCAAAGGCUCUCACAAGAAGCUGGUGCACAUGCUGCACAGAACGAACGACUCCCUCUCCAAGCGAUGGUACAAGUGCUCUACUUUGAGCAACUAAGGCUUCGAAAUGCCUUGUGCAGCUCUUAUGCUGAUGAUGACCAUAAACCAGCACACCAGUCAUGGCGAAUCAGCAGUGGUGCUCUCAGUGCAGCUAUGUCUCCGCGAGACAACUAUGCAUCACUGAGGCGGGAAAAUCGAGAGCUAAAGCUUGAACUAGCGCGUUUGCGUAUGAGGCUGAAUGAUCUAGAAAAGGAGCAUGUUUGUAUGAAGAGGCAAAUGCAAAAGUCUCAUUCUCGUAAGUUCAUGAGUUCAUUCUCAAGGAAAAUUGGUAAGUUGAGCUUCUUUGGACAUAGUUCUUCCAGGGAAUCGACUUCUCCCUCAAGGCAUUCCCAUAGGACAGACUCUAGGGUCAUUGAAAGAACAUGUGCAAGCACAGAUUAGGUUGCUUAUGGAGCCCUCUGGCUUUCAACAAACUGUACAGCGUGAUAUUCGGAACGAUAAGGAAGACCUUUCCCAGAGUCAAUACAGAGUCAGGACUGACAACAAUCGACGGAUUCUUGAACACAUCAGGCCUUGUAAUGCAGUGCCUUGGAUUCUUCUUCAUAACCUCAGCAGCAAGUACCGGUUUUUUGUGAAUCUCAACAUAUCUCCCGGGAUGAACCAGUUUGAGCACACCAUCCUCCUUUGCAACGACCCCCAUUAGAGAUACUCAAGAAACUUGUCCAGAAAGAGGGGGUGCAAUACAGCAUCUUCUGCCUUGUUAUACUGUCUUUUUUCUCAAAGGACGACAAGACUCGGCGGAUAUAUCCGACCUGUAGAGAUGAACAUUAUAGAUUAAACAAAUAUGUGUGGAGUCAUCAAAGAAGGUUGUUGGUCUUAAUCCAUAGUAUUGUGCUUAUCAUUCUAGACGACUACAGUAACUGCUAGUUUGCAACUCUGGACUGCUCUACUUGUCUUUACAUAGUCCCUUGUACUGUUGAGACUAUUGUUCUUGGAACCGUAUUCUGAACUUAUCCAACGAUAUUCUGUUCGGCGUA